CGGGUCCAUUCGUUUGUCACUUCCGCCAAAAAUACAACAAAUGGCUGACGUUAGCAUCCUGUGUAGUGGGUGCUAAUUUCAAACUUUAUCAUUAUAUUUGUGUUCGGCUAACUGAUCCAACGGUUUGACUGGCAGCCGCGAACCACCAGGUGGCGGGCUCGGCACUCAUGGAGCCGUCCACUAAGCCUGCGACCAGCCAGGUGGCCGAUGUGGUAUUUGUCAUCGAAGGGACGGCAAACCUGGGACCUUAUUUUGAAUCGCUCAGGAAGAAUUAUAUCCUGCCAGCCAUUGAAUAUUUCAAUGGAGGGCCCCCGGCAGAAACAGAUUUUGGUGGAGAUUACGGAGGGACACAGUACGGUCUGGUGGUUUUCAACACCGUGGACUGCGCGCCCGAGUCGUACGUCCAGUGUCACGCACCAACAAGCUCUGCCUUUGAGUUUGUGUCGUGGAUCGACAGCAUCCAGUUCAUGGGAGGUGGAGCAGAAAGCUGUAGUCUUAUUGCUGAGGGACUCUCGGUGGCCUUGCAGCUCUUCGAUGACUUUAAAAAGAUGAGAGAGCAAAUAGGUCAAACCCACAAGGUGUGUGUGCUUCUUUGUAACUCUCCUCCGUAUCUGCUCCCUGCCGUGGAGAGCGUCAGCUACACCGGCUGCACGGCGGACAACUUGGUCAAAAUCAUCAGAGACAGAGGGAUUCACUUCUCUGUGGUGGCUCCUCGGAAACUGCCCGCUCUCCGGUCUCUGUUUGAGCGGGCGUCUCCGGUGGGGGGAGCGGUUGAACCCCACCCAGACUACAGCCAGGACCCCUUCCACAUGGUCCUCGUCAGAGGCAUCUCGCUUCCUGUGUGCUCAGGCGGAGGACCCGGGCCGCUCAAACCCGUCCUCCCUCCUCAGCCACUGCCUGUCAAUCAACAUCUCGGUGGAUCUUCACAACCCCCCCAGCCCAUGAACUCCACCCACCCGUACCAGAACACGACGCCGAUGGCUGCUGCUCUGGUGGCCGCGCAGAAGGCCGUGGAGACGGCCAACAACCAGAAGAGUCGCUUCCCGGGAAUGGUCAAUCAGGGUCCGCCCUUUGACCAUUUGCCGACCAUGCCCUCCGUGGCUGGAGUGAAACCCAACCAGAUCAGCAUCGCCACGGUCACCACGUCGUCACAGCCCAUGAUGCCGCAGCAACAGGUCCCCCCCAAUCAGCCGGUCCCACCGCCCGUGCAGCCGAUGUCAAAUCAGCAACCGCAGAUGGCACCCCAGCAGCCGCCCACCAUCAAUCAGCCCCCACUCCCUUCAGCACAGCUCAACAUGGUUGUAGCUCCCGGCAAUGCAAAUCCAAUGGGACAGCAGCAAGGUGUGGCCAAUAAGAUUGUAGCCUGGACCGGUGUCCUGGAGUGGCAGGAGAAGCCUAAAGCCUCUUCUAUGGAUUCAGCCACCAAACUAACGCGUUCUCUGCCGUGUCAAGUGCACGUCAACCAGGGGGAGAAUCUAAACACGGACCAGUGGCCACAGAAGCUCAUCAUGCAGCUGAUUCCACAGCAACUACUGACAACCUUAGGCCACCUCUUCAGGAACUCUCGAAUGGUUCAGUUCCUCUUCACCAACAAAGACGUGGAGUCGCUGAAAGGCUUGUACCGCAUCAUGGCCAACGGCUUUGCCGGCUGCGUGCACUUCCCUCACACCACGUCGCCCUGUGAAGUGCGGGUGCUGAUGCUGCUCUACUCGUCCAAGAAGAGGAUCUUCAUGGGCCUCAUCCCCAACGACCAGAGCGGCUUCGUCAACGGCAUCCGGCAAGUCAUCACCAACCACAAGCAGGUCCAGCAGCACCGAGCGCAGUUGGGCGGCGCGGGGCCAAUGCAGCCGGUCCAGGUCGCCCCCAACCAGAACUUCCUCAACAGGCCCCCCGGCCCCAUCCCUGUCUCCCAUGGCAACGUCCAGCAGCAGUCUGUGGUGGUGGGAAUGCCCCCAGUUAGUCAGGUCUCUAUGAUGGAGGAGCAGCAGAGGCAGAACAUGAUGAGCAUGCGAGCAACCGGGCCAGCCAAUCAGCCGCCGGUCAGCGGAGCUCCACCCAACCAGGUCGCACAAAGUGGGCAGGCCCAGGCUCAGGGUCCCAUACUCCGCCUCUCAAACCCAGGAGCCAAUCCGCAGCUCCGCAGCCUUCUCCUCAGUCAGCAGCAGCCGCAGGGCGGGGUCUCCCACAUGGCGGGCAUGAUGUCCCACCAGGGUUUAGGGCAGCAGUUGGUCCAUUCGGCACCAGGAGGGGGGCCUCAAAUGCAGGGCCAGUGGAGGCAGCCCUUGGGAGGUCAGAUGCUGAUGUCUGGAGGUCAGCGAGGCGUCGUGCCCCAGCAAGGGAUGAGCCAGGUCUCCAGCGUGAUGGAGGAUGAAAUCCUCAUGGAUCUUAUUUGAUUUGAAGGACUGGAUUUUCGGUUGAAUCUCAGCAGCCAUUUUGCAAGUUUGGACACAUGCAUCCGCGCUGUUGCUUCACUGCUACAAAUGUUCAACAAAAUUAAGAAACAAAACCCUUUUUUUUUUUUUUUUCUUCUUCUUUUUUUU